AUGGCCAGAACUAAGCAAACAGCUAGAAAAUCCACUGGUGGUAAAGCACCAAGAAAACAAUUAGCCUCCAAGGCUGCCAGAAAAUCCGCUCCAUCUACCGGUGGUGUUAAGAAGCCUCACAGAUAUAAGCCAGGUACCGUUGCCUUGAGAGAAAUCAGAAGAUUCCAAAAAUCUACUGAACUUUUGAUCAGAAAGUUGCCUUUCCAAAGAUUAGUCAGAGAAAUUGCUCAAGAUUUCAAGACCGAUUUGAGAUUCCAAUCUUCUGCUAUUGGUGCUCUUCAAGAAUCUGUCGAAGCUUAUUUGGUUUCCCUAUUUGAAGAUACCAAUUUGGCUGCCAUUCACGCUAAGCGUGUUACUAUCCAAAAGAAGGAUAUUAAGUUGGCUAGAAGAUUAAGAGGUGAAAGAUCUUAA